UUGCCGGGAACGUUUGUACCAGGAAUUCAAUUGUACGUUAUUUGCGUUUAUUACGAAGUUAUUUUUAGCACACAUGUCCCGCGAGCUGUGGAGCAGGCAAUACGCCGCCAACGAAGCGGUUUGGCAGUCGAAGGAUGUCCCAAACGCCCGCAGACAGUGCGCUUGGCGCAAACAGAAGCUGCUCCUCGCCCAACAAACCAGCAGGGACUUCAGUGAAGCCACCAGAUACGAAGUGUUGAGGGAACACCAGGAUAAAAUGCACCAGGAUGAGAGCACCGAGCACUUAACAUUAGAGCGUCUAAAGCGUUGUCAGCAAAUAAUAGGAAACAGUCGAAGGUCGACUUCCGGAAGUCGGUAUCCGGAACUAAACCUGCCAAAACCAAGUGCAUUUGAGCCGAUUUGCAGGGGUUUCUACAAAAGCUGUGGACAGACCGAACUAAAUACAAAAGACCUGCAGGGCUUCUCGUUCCAUGAAAAAGCAGCGCCCACGGAAGCUGAGAGGAUUACUGCUGGUGAAUGCAGGGCACAGGAUGAGCAGACGAGCGCGGAGCCUAGUUGCCUUGGUUUUCGCACAGCACGGGAACAGUAUAUCCUAAACGAGUUAAAGAAAAAUAAGGAGCAGGGCGCAAUUCGCAGAACCGCAUCUGCAGAUGCUGCACCCUCCGAAAUGAUGAACUUUAGGAAGAAGACGCUGGGUGGCAAGCGUUCCGUCAGCUCCAACUUUGUUUCGCCUGUUGGGCAGACUCAAACAACCACCAAUGCAAGCAGCGCCAACAUUCCUCCGUCCCUGGCCCAUCUGGACCCCAAGAUGGUUGAGCAAAUUCUUGGAGAGAGUAUGCAUAAUUUCAAGAAUGUCGGGUGGGACGAUAUUGCUGGUCUGGAAUCUGCGAAAUCCACAUUCCUCGAAGCCAUUAUAAUGCCACUGCGACGUCCGGACCUUUUUACGGGCGUGCGCUGUCCACCACGUGGGGUGCUCCUAUUUGGUCCACCGGGAACGGGGAAAACCCUAAUCGCCAAGAGCAUUGCCUCCCAGGCAAAGGCCAAGUUCUUCAGCAUUAAUCCGUCUAGCCUGACCUCCAAGUGGGUGGGCGAGGCCGAGAAGCUGGUGAAAACAUUGUUCGCAGUGGCAGCUGCCCAUCAACCAGCGAUAAUCUUCAUUGACGAGGUGGAUUCCCUGCUGUCAAAGCGGUCCGGUAAUGAGAACGAAAGCACGCUGCGCCUGAAAAACGAGUUCCUCAUUCAUCUGGAUGGUGCUGCCAGCAAUGAGGAGGCUCGCAUUUUGGUAAUUGGAGCCACAAACCGACCACAGGAACUGGAUGAGGCGGUGCGCCGCCGAUUUGUACGUCGUUUGUACGUUCCCCUGCCCACAAAGGAUGCACGACAGCAAAUCAUCAAGAAGAUUAUCAGGCAGGUGAAGCACAACCUUGACCAGUCCGAGGUUGAGCAGCUGGCAGAGCUCACUGAAGGCUAUUCCGGUGCGGAUGUGGACACUCUUUGUCGCUAUGCCUCGAUGGCGCCUCUUCGAUCGCUAAGUGCCGAGCAGAUGGAAGUCAUUGAACCAGAUCAGCUGCCCGCCGUUACAAUGGAGGACUUCAACAAGGCACUGCGGGUCAUAUCGAAAAGUGUCUCGGCGGAGGACUGCCAACAGUUUGUGGCCUGGAAUGAAAUUUACGGCGUCCGACAUUGAAACAGCAUGCCAUAACUAUCCUCUAAUUUUAUUAAUACUUUUCAAAAAGUACGCAUAAAACGUUAACAAUAAAAUUUGAUUUUAAACUUGAAACUCACAGCACAUUGAAAUUACGUUCGUAUACAACAGGUGAAGAAGGUUCGGCCUGCAAGGUUUUGUUUUUAAUUCCCUUAAAUUCUACCAUCUAUACAUUAAUCAGAGAAAAAUCUAAGGCUAAAAUCGAUGCUAAAAUGUACACUUAUUAUUAAACACUUUCUGCACAGACGGAGAUAUUUGUACGUCAAGAACUAGUAUAUGAAAGCUACACUUAGAACAAAAUAUAUAGCUAAACUCUUAUGAAUUAUCGCU